AGAAAACGUUGGAGAUUGUCAGCGCUUUCAACUGCGUGAGCAAACGAUUUUUGAGCAUGCAUAUAUUGUUUAGGUAUAUACUUCACCUAAUUUAUAUCCUUGUAUUGUGAAGCAAAGCUCUUGUCGCUCUGCGUUCUGUAAAAUAGGCGGAAAAAGGCUUGUUGAGUGCGUCGAUUCGCCGAUACUAUGCGUUGUGGCCUCUGAGGACUCGCGUCUAGAUCUCCUAGCUUAGCAUGAAGGAAAAAGCUGAGUGUAACAAUCUCGAAGAAACCAAAGCUCAAAACGGACAUUCAUCGCAUAUUACUAAUGGAUCGACACCGAAUGAGAGUGACAGCUCUGUUCUGGACAGCUCUGGAACAUCUUCUGAUAGUCCAACAUCGAGCGUCUCCCCGAGUUCGGCGCAGCAAGACCCUGAGCGCCUCCACAUUGCUCGGCGCAGCAAAUUCGGAAGAGUGCGAAAACCCAAGGUCAACCCUUGCAUGGAAUACACUCCCAUAGUUCGAGGGUAUUCAUCGCACAACCGUGCGAAACAGGGAACACCGUCGCACAGCCCGCCGUCCCCGUCACAUGGCGGCGAGACGCCGACAAGCGUCUCGACGGCAGCGAGCGAACCUACCCAGUCAUCGCAGUAUCUCGUGGGAGACUUGCUGUGGGUAAAAGUAGGCAAUCAUCCCCACUGGCCUACUAUGGUUUCUUAUGACCCGGUGAGUGGAACACACACGAAAGUGGUCCGAAAUAAACGCAUCUACCACGUUCAGUAUUUCGGAACCGCGGUUCAGCAUGGCUGGACGCAGCCGAAUCGCACGCUGCCCUUCGAAGGGCUCGAGAAGUUCAUGGAGCUGAUUGAUUCAGGACGCGUACCGCAUGGCGUGCCUCCUCGCAAGCGAGAUGACUGGAAGGUAGCAGUUGAGGAAGCGGUUGCCGCCAUGCAAAUGACGCGAGCCCAACGCAAACUUCAACUCACCUUCAAAUACUACGAUCCGCCAUCGAAGAAGUUGAAGUCGGAACAUCCGCCCAAGGAGAAUGGCGUCGACCAGGAGGCGACAGAAAAAAACUGUCUCAUCUGCGGAGCGUCAGGCGCCACGCUGACUUGUACAGGGACAUGCGGGAUGAGCUUCCACCUGGGCUGCAUUGGCAUCACUCAACCGCCGGAUGCCUUUCUUUGUGACGAGUGCACCGCUGGUUCGCACCCAUGUCUUGUGUGCAAUCGCACAGAGGCCACUCAGAAAUGCUCCAUGGAACAGUGUGGCACAUUCUACCAUAUGUCCUGCCUGAAAACAUUGCCAUUGCCAGUCAAGGAGGACUCACCGAUGUGCCCUGCGCAUUUCUGUCUGCCCUGUGUCCAGCAAAAGCCACGUGCAGUUAGCAUGAGAGGUCGGCUGUUGCGUUGUGUGCAGUGUCCAUCAGCCUUCCACCCUGAGUGCCUGCCAGCUGGCUCAAAUACUCUCGGUUCUAGUUCCUUGGUGUGUCCACGACAUGGAUCGCAGAACACAGCCUCUGCUAUUAAUGUUAGUUGGUGCAUGGUGUGCUCCGAAGGUGGGAAAUUGCUGUGCUGCGAGGGCUGUCCUGCUGCCUUCCAUGAGACGUGCCUUGGCCUGCAAGAAACACCAGAAGGGACCUUCCUGUGCCCCGACUGCCAAGACUGGAAGUAUCCCAAAUACGGUGACAUGAUUUGGGUCAAACUGGGCUGUUACCGCUGGUGGCCAGCCCAAGUGUGUGCACCAGGUGACAUACCAUUAAAUAUUCAGGCCCUUAAGCAUGAGCCUAUUGGAGACUUUGCAGUGCGUUUCUAUGGCUCACAUGAUUACUAUUGGACAAACCGGAAACGGGUGUUCCUUUUCGAAGAAGGUGACAGUGGCAGCCUGAAUGCAAGCAGCAAGAGUGUGGCACGCCUUUUUCAAGCUGCCCUUGAAGAAGCCAGACAGGCUUGGGAGGAGCAGCGAAGGGCUCGUGAGCUGGGUGAGAAACCAGCACCUUUCCGCAUGAUCCGUGUCAACCGAGUUGUAUGUCCAGGAGCAGCAAUGCCUUCCGCUGCUGUACAUAAGAGAUCAGUCUGUACGUGCACCCCCCAGGACCCCUGCCGUGCUAAUUGCCUGAAUCGACUUCUUCUAUACGAAUGCUCUCGUAAGCUGUGCCCUGCAGGUCCCGCUUGUGAAAACCAGCGCUUUCAGAAGCGAACAUAUGCUGAGACCGCGUUGGUGCGGACACCUGGCCGUGGAUGGGGCUUGCUCACAAGUCAGGCACUGGCAGCAGGUGAUUUUGUCAUGGAGUAUGUUGGAGAAUUGAUCGAUGACAAGGAGUGUGAACGACGGCUGAAAGAGCUACACACGGACAAUAUCCAAAACUUCUACUUCUUGACCUUAGCAAAGGACCGCAUCAUCGAUGCUGGACCAAUGGGCAACAUGUCCCGUUUUAUAAACCAUUCGUGCCAGCCAAACUGCGUGACGCAGAAGUGGACUGUCAAUGGAGAUACACGAGUUGGUAUCUUUGCCAUUCGUGACAUUCCUGAAGGCACUGAGCUCACCUUCAACUACAACUUGGAGUGUCGUGGCAAUGAAAGAAUCGCAUGUGCCUGUGGAUCGGAAAAUUGCAGUGGAUAUAUUGGGCUACGUCCAAGACCACCUGCUGAAUGUGAAGGCAAGCCAUCGCACAGCAAAAGCCGUCCAAAGAAGGCAUCUGACUAGCGGUGCAAUGGAUAUAACGCACUGGAGCACAAGCCCGAUGCUCCGAAUUAUUCAUGCCAUUUUGAGCGGUUUGAGUUAUGUCAUUUAAAAUAUUUCAUGUGAUACAUUUCAAAUUUAGUUAUUCAUGCCAUUUGAGCUGUUUGAGUUACGUCUUUAAAAGAUUUCAUGUGAUACAAUUCAAAUUUAGUUAUUCAUGCCAUUUCAGCGGUUUAAGUUAUGUCAUUCAAAAGAUUUGAAUUUAGUUUGUUGUUUGAGCGUUUGUGAAGGCAAGCUGACGCACUGUAAAGGCCGUCAAGAGAAGGGAUCUGACUAGCGUUGCACUGGAGCACAAGCCCAAUGCUUUGAGUUGAGUUAUGUCAUUUAAAAGAUGUGAUGUGAUACAGUUUGAAUAAAGUUUGUCGUUUAGGCGUUCUGAUGCAAUAAAUACAUUUUGAAAAAUACA